GAAGAUAGCAAGUUUCGUGCAAGCAGGAAGUCAUCGUGGAUGCAGGCGCUGUCUUGUAGACUUGCUCUUGGUUUCGGUUAAGCUGCAACACUCCUGAUAGACUUCCGGUUAGUUAUCUGCAACACGACACGAAGACAGAGGAUCAUGAGAUGCAACAACGUAUGCUGUGCUUCUAUGCUACUCAGGAGUAACAGUAGUCAAGUGGAAAAGAUCGCCAGCGGCAACCAACGAGCAGGAACAGGAAUCAAUGUCACAGGAAUUCCGAUCAAUGCUCUAGCUAGAAGAGCAGCUUAUGCUGACGACUUUGGAGGCGUUCACGAAGAUUUUUCCUGCAGCAGAUUCAGCAGCUGAAGCUAGCAGAGCGAUAGAAUCAUUGCAUGUAACAAACCGGAAGAUGUCAUCACGUGAUGGUAGUUUUCACUUUACUCGUAAGAUCAGCAAUUGUAGCUCACACAAAGGGACCCAAGGUACAGGUGAGGCGACUUUCAAGACUACUCGAGUAUGUAAAGAUACACGACUAGGAAGAAUCUAACCAUAGGAGUUGGCAGAAGGCCACCAUCUACAAUCUGGAAAGAAGGGCCCAGUCGCUCUGAAGGUCCCCUUGCCACUGGUACACCACUCUAUGGUGAACUCGUGAUCUCGGCAUGACAGCCUUAAAUGUCUUCAGAUGAAAUGUGGCUUUUAGGAGUACACCCUACUCGCAAUCACAUUCCUCCGUAGAGCCAGGAAACUAAUAGGUGCCGACAGUGAGAGAAUUAUCUGUUUACUGGAUGUUGACUUCACCAGUAGCUUCUGAAGCUACGGCAGACUAGGUGCUCAUGCACCUUCAGACUUGGCCCAACUUCACUUUCAAAACAAUGUAGCGCUAGUUCUUUUCCGAUUAUGCACAGAGUCAUGAAACACCUGAUGAUGAGAUGAUGUCUUCAAGAGUACUACGUCCUCAGAAGCUGCUACUGCGACUGCUGCUGCAGGUGGACAAUAUUGACCCAUAAUAUCACUUGAUCACGGGUAUGCUAUGCUGCCUGUAAAGUGACCCGUAUAUAAAAUGCACUGGGUGCUUCUGUUCACGAGGACAUUGCCACCUAAAGUGUAGCCAGAGGAUCAAAGGGCCAGAACUAUAAGCAAAUCUGCGAAGAACCUUCUAUUCGAAGGCUCGAAAGCUGCUGCUCCACGCCACACAGUUAAGUGCGCAAUCAGUGCCAAACACUUGGAAUUUUGCCAAAUUUCAUUACUCCCAAGUAUGAACAUCGUUAGUGUUGAGAGCUGGACCAUUUCAGGCGUCCGCUAUGUUUUGAUAUGAAAGUGCGAACCAGGGAAGUUGCAAUAGCAGGAGUAACACUAGA